AUGAGACAGACAACCAUCGUCGCUGGCCUCGCAGCCAUGCUUCCCUCUACCGCCCAAGCUUGGUCUAUCCCGGCCCUUCUCGACAUCCGCCAGACCACCCGUCCCUACCAAGAUGUUGUCUGCAAGCCUCAGACAGGUUCUGGUGCCCAGCUGCCCCCUUGCGUCCAAAUUGAGAACAUUGAGCUCGCCUGUCAACCCAAUGGCACCAACCCUAUCGACUACGAGGCACACGCUCAAUGCAUCUGCGGGGGUAGCUUCUUCGCCGAGAAGUUGGCUUGCGAGCGAUGCCUCACUGUUCACGGUCUCCGCAGCGAGCGAAACCUAGCUUUCUACAGCGGCGUCCUCUCAUCUGCCUCCAAUGCUCUCUGCACAGGUACUCCCACUGCUGUUUUCGCCAGCAUCUACUCCGGCAUAGAGGCUGCUGCUACUCCCGUGACUACUGGAGCCACUGUCACAAGCGAUCAAGCUCCCAGCAACACGGCCAUUUCUCUCUACUAUACGGCUAGCGGCCCCCAGGGACCUGGCACCAUCACUGGUGCAGCCGCGAGUGCCACUGCUGUAAGCCGCACGACGACGAGCCCAUCUACUGCUGCGACUGGCUCCGCUUCGGGAGCAACUGGUACUUCAUCUACCCGUGCUUCAACUGCCACCACCGGUACAGCUUCGGGUGCCGCGGCCACAAGCACAACCGCUGGUAGUGGUGCGAUGCCAACUUACGCUGCAGGUGGCCUCUUGAUGGGUGCUGCUGGUAUCGCAGUUCUCGCAGGACUGUAA